CGGAGGGUAUCGUCAUCAUGGCAGCAGAGGCUGCUUUAGUGGCGAAUCGUCUUCGAGAAGCACAAGAAAGCAAUGUUAUUGAUUUGACAAACUGUGGAUUGAUGAAAGUUCCAGAUGCAAUUUAUAUAUUCCUGAAGCACACACCUGUGUUAUCCUGUUCAUUUUCAAAGAAUCAAUUAAAGCGAAUUCCACCGCGGUUUCCAGUGACAUUCAAAACAGUCCAAGAGCUGAAUAUGAGUGAUAACAAACUGUCAGAGCUGCCAGAAGAAAUGAGUGAACUGAUCGACCUAAAAACAAUGGACAUUUCCAGGAAUCAGUUCACCUCAUUACCAGAUUUUGUGUAUCAGUAUUCAAACUUACUACAACUGAAACUCCACUCCAAUCAGAUUUCAGAUAUUGACACUGAAAAACUGGUGCAAAUGUCUUCCCUCCAAGAAGUCGAUUUUCGAGGUAAUCCACUGUCAGCAGAAGUGGUGUGUCGUCUGCAGGAGUCGAACAUCACAGUACAAUUGGACAAGCUAGGGGAGGGAGAUUCCUGACAUUGGUCGACAGUAGCUUGUAACAACAUAUAAGUUUGUGACAUAAAAUAAGUUUGGUCAUUUUAUAUUAGCUGUAUGUAUAACAUAAUUAUUUGGAACAAAGGUAGUAUUGAUUGUGUGAUCCCAAGAUUUUUUAUGAAACCAUCACCGAUAUUAACAAAACCCAAUUAUAAGCUGUCUACAACCUGCUAAUGAUUGAAAAUAUUUCAGCUAAAUCAAAUACUAGUAGUCUAUUUGUCAUCAUCAGAGCACCAAAUCUUACAACUAAAUAUAACAAUUCUUCAGAAAAUAUGAAUUAGUGUUGUCAAGAAAAUGUCGCUGACCACAAAAAUUUCUGACAAGAUUUAUAUAUACUUUUGUUGUAUUUUAUAUGUUAUUUACGUAAAAUUUAUAUCACUGAUAACUUCAUUAUUC